AUGGCGAGUUACGAGGCUAUUAAGAACUUUGAUGAUGAUGAUGAUGACGUGGAGAUGGCACUCCCCCAUACCCAGAUCUCUGAAUCAAGAUCUGCAUCACCUUCUUCCACCAUUGCUCAAACCACUCCGCUUCACAUUCACAACGUUCAGGAACAACCCUCCAUCUCCUCCAGGAACCAACCCCUGCCACAGCCACAGCCACAGCCACAGCCUCAAACCAAACCUCCGCGUCUAGUCUCCCUCGACGUUUUUCGGGGUCUCACCGUCGCGCUGAUGAUACUGGUUGAUGAUGCUGGUGGACUCAUUCCAGCGCUCAAUCAUUCCCCAUGGAAUGGUUUAACAGUAGCUGAUUAUGUCAUGCCGUUUUUCCUAUUUAUUGUUGGUGUUUCGCUUGCACUCACAUACAAGAAACUGUCUUGCAGAGUAGAUGCAUCAAGAAAAGCAGGUUUACGGGCUCUAAAACUUCUUGUGUUAGGUCUUUUUCUUCAAGGAGGUUAUUUCCAUCGCGUGAGCGAUCUGACAUAUGGAGUGGAUAUUAAACAAAUAAGAUGGAUGGGAAUACUGCAGAGAAUUGCAUUAGCAUAUUUGGUUGCAGCACUGUGUGAAAUUUGGCUCAAGAAUGAUGAUACUGUUAAUUCAGGACCAUCCCUAUUAAAAAAGUAUCGAUACCAAUGGGCUGUGGCUUUGAUAAUUUCUUUCCUUUAUCUUUGCUUGAUAUAUGGAUUGUACAUUCCUGAUUGGUCGUAUCAAAUUCAAACAGAACCUUCUUCUGAGCCAAAGACAUUUUCAGUUAAAUGUGGAGUAAGGGGAGACACUGGACCAGCCUGUAACGCAGUUGGGAUGAUUGAUAGAACGAUAUUGGGCAUACAACACCUGUACAGGAGACCAAUAUAUGCACGGAUGCCUGAAUGCAGUAUUAAUUCUCCCAACUAUGGUCCGUUGCCUCCUGAUGCUCCUGCUUGGUGUCAGGCUCCUUUUGAUCCUGAGGGACUCCUAAGUUCAGUGAUGGCUAUUGUUACUUGCUUGGUUGGGUUGCACUACGGACAUAUUAUUGUCCAUUUCAAGGACCACAGAGUUAGAAUCAUAUACUGGAUGAUCCCAACCUCCUGUCUUGUAGUUUUUGGCCUUGCGUUGGACUUAUUUGGAAUGCAUAUAAAUAAGGUUCUAUACACGCUCAGUUACAUGUGCGUUACUGCUGGUGUUGCAGGCAUCCUCUUUGUCGGAAUAUACUUAAUGGUUGACGUUUGUGGCUAUAGACGCAUGACUAUUUUUAUGGAAUGGAUGGGCAUGCAUGCGUUGAUGAUUUAUAUCCUAGCAGCUUGUAACGUUUUUCCAAUUUUCCUUCAAGGAUUUUACUGGGGGAGUCCUCACAAUAACAUUUUGAAGGUAAUUGGAGUUGGUACAUGA